UUUUGUUUGCUUUUAUAAUUUUGUAAAAACAUGGACACAAUCACUAAACUGACUAAAUUUCUUCCAAGUUUCGAGGAGAUACAAGAUAUAUUAAAUGACAAUCCUACCGCCAAAUACAUGUUAAAGAAAACCUUGGAGUCUCUGGCCGCCUAUAACAACAAAAACAAUAAACAUAUAAAUACGAGCGAAUUGGAAGAAUGCUCAUUUUUGGUUCAGGCUUUAGUUGACAAAACAUGGGAAGAAAUACACACCGGAAAUUUCAGUUUAGUGCCUAUAAACGUUAGAAAAACAUACGCUCUGGCCUGUUAUUGUAGAAUUGUAUUUCUUCUCAUAGAGUCCAUGGAAAAACCGCAGCUUGAAAAAUGUAGUGAAAUGCUGGAUGAGGCUAUGCUUUUAGGCUAUACACCGAAUAUAUUUGAGAAUUGUCGAACAUUUACGGAUACAUUGAUGGAAAUGUUUGACAGUGAGCUGGAUCCAACGUUAGAAUUAAAACUGCCUAUACUGGAGCGAAUGCCGAGAAUUGCGGCAAAAUGCGAUAUCUUGCAGCUGGAUAGCCCCUCGGUGCAAGAGUUCAAUGAGAAAUGCUUCACAGCCCAGAUGCCAGCCCUUUUACUUAACACCAUUAAUCAUUGGCCAGCUUUGGACAAAUGGCUUAAUUUGAAUUAUAUAUUAAAAUUAGCUGGAAAUCGUACUGUACCCAUAGAAAUUGGUUCAAAUUAUGCUACUGAUGAGUGGUCACAACAGCUAAUGAAAAUCAAGGAUUUUCUAAAACGUCAAUUUCCCUUAGAAGAUGUUGAUCCAAAGGAUGUUGAAUACUUAGCUCAGCAUGAACUAUUUGAACAAAUACCUCAGCUCAAAAUCGACUUUACCACACCUGAUUAUUGUUCAUUGGGUGAACACAUAGAAAAUGUCGACAUUAAGGCCUGGUUGGGGCCUAAAGGAACAGUAAGCCCCAUGCACUAUGACCCAAAACAUAAUAUUUUGUGCCAAGUUUUUGGUUCCAAACGUAUCAUUUUGGCCUCGCCCCAAGACACUGAAUAUUUAUAUCCCCAUGAAAGUGAAUUUUUAUCCAACACAUCUCAGAUAAAUGCAGCUGCUUUGAAUAUGGAUGAGUAUCCUCUUUUAUCUAGGGCGAAAUUUUAUCAUUUAAAAUUGCAACCUGGCGAUUGUUUGUACUUGCCACCGAAAUGGUGGCAUUAUGUCGAAUCCGAAAGUCCAAGUUUUUCUGUAAGUUUUUGGUGGGAGUAAAAUGUAACAGAAAAUUUAGUAUCUAGAUAUUAAGGUCUUAUGAAUAUAUUAAUUAAGCAUAAUCACCUUUCUCUAUUCACCCUAGAAUACGAAUGUGAAGUCUAAUAUUGUACUCAAUAAUAACAAAUUUCGGUUGGGCCAAACUUUGGAAACCCAAAAAUAUAUAAGUCAAGUAAAACAAGUAA